AAAUAAAUGUCAACAUUCGAUUCGUGCAUGUUCUCGCGUUCUGUCGUAUAGCAGUUCGUAACUCGAGUAAUAAAUAAAAAAAAUUGGCAUAGAUAGUGUUCCGUGAUGGGACCUCCAAAGAAAUCAUCGAAAAAGGAUCGUUCGGCCGGUGGAUCUAGUGGAUCCACCGCUAACGCCGGUGGAUUUGUGGAAAACAAGUGGAACAAAAAACGUCGGGCAGAAGAUGAAGCUUAUUCCUCGCUGACCACCGAUGAUGACGACAGUAAUCUGGACGGUGAUUUUGUUCCGGAUGCGGCUACUAAGAACGCAGAGAAAAUCGACGAAGCCAUCCAAGAGGAUGAGUAUGGAGCCAAGGAUUAUCGGUCGCAGAUGGAGCUGAAACCAGACAAUAAUUCUCGGCCGCUAUGGGUUGCUCCUAAUGGGCACAUAUUUUUAGAAUCUUUUUCCCCUGUUUAUAAACAUGCACACGAUUUUUUGAUUGCAAUUUCAGAACCUGUCUGUCGUCCGGAACAUAUCCAUGAAUACAAACUGACGGCGUAUAGUUUGUACGCUGCCGUAUCCGUCGGGCUUCAAACACACGAUAUUAUUGAAUAUCUGAAGCGACUGAGCAAAUGUACUGUUCCGGAUGGUAUUCAGGAGUUCAUUCGGUUGUGUACGCUUUCCUACGGCAAAGUGAAAUUAGUUUUGAAGCACAACAAAUAUUUUGUAGAAAGUCCACACCCAGAGGUACUGCAAAAGCUAUUGAAAGAUCCGGUAAUUCAAUCCUGCCGGUUGCGUCGGACUAACGAAGAAGGUGAUGGCUUCAUAACGCAAACUAUGGAAACAAAAGGGAUAACCGCGUUUGGAACAACCAAGAUUGGGCCAGUAACUACGGUACCUGCCGCAGCUGCUGAUGGUGAGAAAGCAACUGAAAAUCCGGAAGCGACGGCAGUGGCAGUUCCGGAGGAUAUAACAAAUUUUUAUGACAAAAUGGAUAAUGAGGAGGAAGAAGAAGAAUCGAAUUUCAACACAGUUUCAUUUGAGGUAAACCAAGAGAAAAUCGAGGUUCUGCAAAAACGGUGCAUUGAAAUUGAAUUCCCACUUCUAGCGGAGUAUGAUUUUCGUAAUGAUACGAUCAAUGCCGAUAUUAACAUUGACUUGAAACCGGCAGCUGUGUUGCGUCCUUAUCAGGAGAAAAGUUUGCGGAAAAUGUUUGGCAAUGGGCGAGCUCGCUCCGGAGUUAUUGUACUUCCCUGCGGUGCGGGAAAGUCACUUGUAGGAGUAACAGCUUGUUGCACGGUUCGCAAACGAGCCUUGAUUUUGUGCAACAGUGGCGUUUCAGUUGAACAAUGGAAACAGCAGUUCAAAAUGUGGUCCACUGCUGACGAUAGCAUGAUUUGCCGUUUCACGUCCGAAGCUAAAGACAAACCCAUGGGAUGUGGAAUUCUGGUAACGACAUAUUCCAUGAUUACGCAUACCCAAAAACGCUCAUGGGAAGCAGAGCAAACUAUGCGCUGGCUUCAAGAGCAAGAAUGGGGCAUUAUGGUACUGGAUGAGGUGCACACCAUUCCGGCAAAAAUGUUCCGACGGGUUUUGACCAUCGUUCAGUCUCAUUGCAAACUGGGACUUACGGCUACGCUUCUUCGAGAGGAUGACAAAAUUGCAGAUUUGAAUUUUCUUAUCGGUCCCAAACUGUACGAAGCAAACUGGUUGGAACUUCAGAAGCGCGGUUACAUUGCCCGAGUUCAAUGUGCCGAAGUGUGGUGUCCGAUGGCACCGGAAUUUUAUCGUGAAUAUCUGGUAACUAAGACCUCCAAGAAAAUGUUGCUGUACGUGAUGAAUCCGGCUAAGUUCCGUGCUUGUCAGUAUUUGAUCCGUUAUCAUGAGAAACGUGGUGACAAAACAAUUGUUUUUAGCGAUAACGUGUUUGCCUUGAAACACUACGCCAUCAAAAUGAAUAAACCGUACAUCUACGGUCCAACCUCACAAAGCGAAAGAAUCCAAAUCCUUCAAAACUUCAAGUUCAACCCCAAGGUGAAUACCAUAUUUGUAAGUAAGGUGGCAGAUACCAGUUUCGAUUUACCGGAAGCAAACGUGCUGGUCCAGAUAUCCUCCCACGGUGGCUCUCGCCGACAGGAAGCUCAACGUCUUGGUCGAAUUCUACGAGCCAAGAAGGGAGCGAUCGCCGAGGAAUAUAAUGCCUUUUUCUAUACACUCGUUUCCCAGGAUACAUUGGAAAUGGGCUAUUCGCGCAAGCGACAACGGUUCCUGGUGAACCAGGGAUACAGCUACAAAGUUAUUACUCACCUGGCGGGAAUGGACAGUGAUCCGGAUUUGUUUUACAAAACACGAGAAGAGCAAGGACAACUGCUGCAGCAGGUUCUUUCCGCUUCGGAUAUGGAUUGUGAGGAUGAACGUAUUCCUGGCGAAGGCGUAGGUGUUCCGAGACCGGGAGGAUCCAAGCGCACGGGAGGACUUAGCUCUAUGUCCGGAGCAGACGAUGCUGUAUACCUUGAAUUCAGGAAAAGAAAGGAGCAUUUGCAUCCACUGUUUAAGAAAUUUAGAGGGUGAGAAAACGUUCUGUAGUAGAAUCGAACGGCUUGAAUCGAGUCCUCAAAACUGAAGAAAAUUAGAGUAGCAUGAAAAUGUGAUAAGGCUUUGUUAACAAAAUAAAA